AUGCUAAUAAGAGAAAUAGAAAUAUACGCACUAGAGGGCUUGGUGGACAGUGGAUGGAUGCUUCUGGAUGGCUGGUACUAUAGGGCACUCAAGCGUGGGAAAGCACGCGCACAUAUACAUCGCGAAGUGUGGGAAGUGUGCGUGCAUGAUGGGCAAGGGCUUUUCACUGACCUUGAGCUGGAGGUUGUUGUGGUGACAACACAAUUUGAUCCUUCUUUAUCAGAGAACAGAAGGUUUUCUGCCAAGCAUGAUGGGGCACUCAAUGAGAUCUGGACUAAGAAAGAGAGGGAAUUGGCAGAGAUGGGGGCAGAAGUUAAUGACCUGUUAGUACUGCAAAACAAGAUAGUGUCUGGUGUGACUGAAGAUGAUGAAGCUUAA